AUGGUGAAACAACAUGGUGGCUCUGGUCGAAGAGAGACUUUUCACAGCACCUAUUCCACAAUCAUAGAACAUUCAUCUUUGCUCAAGAUCGCAAUCUUGACACUCGUCUGUGCCUCAGUUUCGAGUGCUGAUGCACAUCCAUCUAUGUCAGCCUACUCAGGCAGUUGGACAUUACAAAGUCCCACACUUUCUCUUCAUAAUAAUAAGAUCGCAAAGCGAUACUAUUAUGAAACUGUUCAACUGACCAUACAAGUGACUGGCGUUUACACAUUUACUAGUAAUGGAUCAUGCAGCGCCUACGGUGAUAUUUAUCAAGAUGAAUUCCAUCCAGAAAACUUAUCUCUCAAUAAAAUCGUAGUCAACGCUGAGAAUCGUAGUGGUAGACAAUUUACGAUCAAUGUUGAGCUCUCACAGAAUGGUAGGUACGUUCUCGUUGUGAUGACUAACUGUUCUGACAGUAGUCUGGGACAAUUUUCCAUUCUGGCGUCUGGACCGACGAAUGUGCAGUUCAAGAAAUUAGCAGUGUCAUCACAAAAAGCUGUAGAAAGAAUGAUUACAGGCACACUUGGCAUUCCGUCGUUAUAUCGAAUUGAUUUGAAUUCGGCUAGUCCAAUGUUUUCUAGACCAAACAGUAACAGUUUAAACAGCUUUUAUUAUGCAGCUCUUCGGAUAGCAGCGAAUGCAAAUGGAAUGCAUACUUUUGUUAGUAUCGGCAGUGUAGAUGCAUAUGCUUGUUUGUACUCUGGUGAUUUUUCUUCAACAUCUCCAUCAAUAAAUCUGAUGAGAUGUGAUGAUGACAGUGGUGGAAAUUCGCAACAAUUUCGAAUUGAAGAAUAUCUUGUCCAAUAUCGAACAUAUGUGCUGGUUGUAACAACAUACAGUUCAGGAGUCGUUGGAAGUAUUUCGAUCAAUGCACGAGGUCCACCAUCGACUUCCACCACCCCAUCUGGUGGACCAGUCUAUACUGGUACACUUACAACAAGCAGUUCAAUGUUCACUCGUCCCACCGGCACUGGCGUAAGAUAUUAUUAUCAGUCAUUACGAAUUCAAGUUACUACUAGUAGCGUAUACACUUUCGCAUGCAGCAGCCAGCUGGAUACAUUUGGAUAUCUAUAUUCAUAUUCGUUUGAUUCGUCGAGACCAACUACGAAUUUGAUUACUUCCGAUGAUGAUAGCAAUGAUGACCGACAAUUUCGAAUUCGUGCCAGUCUUCAAUCCGGUUCCACGUAUAUUUUGGUUGUUACAACAUAUAAGGAAGAAGAAACGGGAAGAUUUACAAUCACAGCAAGCAGACCAUAUGGAACAUCUGGAAUUAGCAUGUCUCCAAUCUUUUCAGGUGCGACCUAUUUCGAUGGUACCUUAACAACUACAAGUCCAAAGUUUUCUUUAAGUUUCCUAUCGUCCGGCAAACAUUAUUUUAAUCGUAUUCGUGUAUCAGUUUCUACGAGUGGAACAUACAGUUUUCAGAGCGUCAGUUCGUUGGACACGUAUGGUUUAUUCUAUGAGUCGUAUAUGUCUGUGUCGAAUCCAUCGUUGAAUUUACUAAAGAGCAAUGACGAUGGUAAUGGAAAUGGACAGUUUCGAAUCAGUGUUAGUUUACGAUCCUCACAAACAUAUUAUUUAGUUGUGACAACGUACCACAGUCUAGAAACAGGAAAUUUUAGAGUUGAUACUUCCGGGCCAGGAACAAUUGAGUUCACCUUGGACAAUCCUUCAACGUCAAGCGAUGAAGAUGAUAAGAAACAUGUAGGAAUAAUAGUGGGCAUCAGUGUUUCGUGUUCUCUAUUGGUUAUCAUCUGCGCUAUUGUUUUUAUUACUCGACACAAACGCAAACGGGCUUUGGCUGCAAGAGCUACUUCGUCAGCACGUUUUACGAACAGUCAACAACAAUCUCGCCCAGUUCCUGUCAAUAGAAAUACUAGAUCCGUACCUCCAUCAGCACCAACAUACAUUAAUACUCAUACGUAUGUCGAAGAGCCACCUCCACCUUCCUACGAAAUGGCAAUGGUAUAUAUACUGGCUAAGCAACAAAGAGAAACGAGUGGCUCCUAA